AUGUCGUCAGGCACGCGCCGUCCAAACGGCACAGCCUCCGCUGCUGCGGACCACGAUCGAGCUACCAGAGCCUCUCGCAUAAACGCAGCGAAUGGAGGAGGAAGCGGCAACGGCAGCGCGCAUGCCAGUUUUAGGAGCGAACGCAGCGAACGAAGCGAUGCGCGACAGCAACAGCGGGAACGGGAACGCGAACGCGAACGAGAGAGGGAGAGGGCACCGUCGCCGGGAAACAAUGCGCAUAAGAGGUCUGCUUCGGGCAACCUACGGCCUACGAGCAGGACACACGAGGACCGACGCGUGGAAGAGAGGAGGACGGAGAGGGCCUACGUGACGCAGCUUGAGACCCUCGUCUCUCGAACGCGGAGUCCUGAGAGGGGCGAGCGGAGGGCGGAGAAGGGCAAGGCGACUGGUGAAAAGUCGCGAGCGGCAGAGUCGAAGCCAAAGGAGACGAAAGUUGAAGCCCCGUCAGCGCCGUGGAAUCCAGAAGCAACACUUCUUCCUCAUACGUCAGCCCCGUUGGCUGUUCGAAUAUCUAUACCGCCGCUGGCGUCGCAAGCGCCACAACCUCAGCAACCGAAACCGCUCAGCGAGCUGCCUCUCGAGGCGCAGGAGGCAGUGAUGAUCGAGGAUCUGCUCUUCGUCUUCAUGGGCUAUGAGGGCCAGUACAUCCGUUUCGCCAAGACAUACAACCCGCACGAGGAGAGGGAUCGCCUUUCGGGGCCGACUUUCAGGAUAUUACCCGGCCUGGAUCCAAGUUUGCAGGAUCUCACGGUGUCGAUGCUGAGGAUGGCUACUUACUACUCCGCGCUCGAGGUGUUUGUCGACGUGCAGAGCAGGGAGGAGUUUGGCGCCGUCAACCAUGCGUUGUGCGCGUCUGUACGGAAAUUUCUUCACGACUAUCUCGUCAUGAUUGCGCAGCUGGAAACGCAAUUCCUGACCAACGAGACUUUUACUCUCCACGUUUUGAACAUCCACACCCUGCCCACCAACCAGAUGAUGUCACAUCUGUAUUCCCUUGGACAGGAGUUGCUCAAACGGAACGCAUUAUUGGACGACGACGACGAGGAAGAGAGCGAUAGUGCGGAUGACUUUGAGAAUAUCCUAGAGUCUCUCCGUGAAGGUGGUGACCUCGUACCCGGUUCAGGGAAGAAAAUCUCCAAGGGCGGCGUUGUACUUGGGUUGCUCACAAAGCGAUUGGAGUCGAUGUCGGGAGAUCCAGCAGCCCGCGCGCUGCUGACCUCUCUACUUCGAGACGCCAGCAAGCCGUACAUGGUCAUGCUCAACGAGUGGCUUCACCACGGCAGUAUCAACGAUUCUCACGCAGAGUUCCUUAUCAAGGAGCAGAAGAGCAUUCGGAGAGAACGUCUCGAGCAGGACUACACCGAUGAGUACUGGGAAAGGCGAUACACAAUCCGAGAGCACGACAUUCCGCCACAGUUGGAAGGUGUCAAGGACAAGGUUCUGUUGGCGGGGAAGUAUCUCAACGUCGUCAGGGAAUGCGGUGGCGUUGACGUCAGCAAAGUCGUCUCGGACGUCCCGACUUCCUUUGACGACAGUCGGUUCCUCGAGAACGUGAACAACGCUUACGCACACGCGAACGAGUCUCUCAUGCAGCUGCUCCUCACCACGCACUCCCUGCCGAUGCGCCUGCGUUCACUCAAACACUACUUCUUCCUGGACCCAUCCGACUAUUUCUCCUACUUCCUCGAACUUGGGGCCUCCGAGCUGCGGAAACCUGUCAAGUCUGUUAACACCGGAAAGCUUCAGUCACUGCUCGACCUGGUCCUGCGCCAACCGGGCAGCAUCGUCUCGCUGGAUCCCUUCAAAGAGGAUGUCAAGGUGGAAAUGAACGAGAUUACGCUCACCAAGUCCCUGCAGCGAGUCGUCAACAUCACCGGUAUCGAACAGGGCGAGACCUUGCAACCCCUGGCGAACCAGCCGAUUGAGAACGACAAAAACGCGAUAGGCUUCACGUCGCUGCAGCUUGAUUACUCUGUGCCGUUCCCCGUCUCGCUGGUCAUCAGCCGCAAGACCGUAUGGCGUUACCAAGCGCUCUUCCGCUACCUCCUAUCCCUACGCUAUCUUGAGUCUCAGCUGUCAACCACAUGGUACUCGCAGACUGCAGGCAUGACAUGGUCUCACAAGAGCUCGUCGCGUAGCCUCGAAAUCUGGAAACGUCGGGUGUGGACGCUCCGCGCGCGCAUGCUGGUGUUCGUGCAGCAGCUUCUCUACUUCUGCACGGCCGAGGUCAUCGAGCCGAACUGGGCAAAGUUCAUGUCGAGACUCAAGGUCGGGGAGGAUGGCCAGGACACAUCGGGUACCCCAGAGGGGCCCACGAGAACGGUAGACGAGUUGAUGCAGGAUCACGUGGACUUCUUGGACACAUGCUUGAAGGAGUGUAUGCUCACUAAUAGCAAGCUGCUCAGGAUACACUCCAAACUGAUGCAAACCUGCACGAUAUUCGCAACGUACUCCAACUGGCUCUCUCGGGAGCUCGAAAAGGCCGACCCGGACCUGUCCGGCGCCACGAAGCCGCCCAACAUGACAGCAGAGCAAUGGCGCGCUUUCCAGGCCGUCCGCACGCAGAAGCCCUCGGGGUCGCAUAACGACUCGACGUCGUCGGCGGGCGGCGGCGAGCAGCAGGAGGCGCGUGUCGGUAACCUGUUUGAGAUCAUGAAGAAGUGGGAAGGCAACUUCAGCAGGCACCUGCAGAUCCUCCUCGACGCGCUGAACCACUAUGCCGCCACCGAGACGGUCGUCCUGCUCAGCUUGUGCGCGCGGCUGAGCACGGCGAACCAGGGGACCGAGUAUGCAGGGCUGAGGAACGAGGAGGAUGGUGUUUUGUGA